AUGGUUAAGACGUAUAAUAAAUACGAGCAAACGGAUGCUUUCGGUGUCGUCGCGACCGCUACCUCCAAUAUUGUAUGGACCUCCGAAGGCCUCUCGCAACCUGGGUCCAGCCGAUCCGCAGGCGCCGGCCGCGCAUAUGCAGCCGCAAAUGAAGCAGUGCUGUGCUGGGACGUCAAGAAGGGCGAAUUGCUGAGCACAUGGCGCGAUGCAUCAUGCACGGAACAAGUUACAGUAAUCUGUCGGAGUACCGUGGACACAGACCUCUUCGCUGUGGGAUACGCAGACGGAAGCAUAAGAGUAUGGGAUUCCAGGACCGCAACGGUUGUGAUAAGCUUCAAUGGACACAAGUCGGCCGUUACUAUGCUCGCCUUCGACCGAUCAGGUGUACGCCUUGCCAGCGGUUCAAAAGACACUGACAUUGUCGUCUGGGAUUUGGUUUCUGAAGUCGGGCUGUUCAAGCUUCGAGGGCACAAGGGGGAAAUUACUGGACUUCAAUUUUUACACCCAACAAAGGCAGCGCAGGAAGAUGAGGCGGAUGGUGAAGAUGCCGAGAUGGACACAGACCAAGCAUUCCUGCUCUCUACGAGCAAGGACGCUCUAAUAAAGAUCUGGGAUGUGAACAGUCAGCAUUGCAUUGAAACACAUGUGGCACAAUCGAACGGGGAGUGCUGGGCGCUAGGAGUGUCUUUGGACGGUAUCAGUUGCAUGACUGCUGGGAACGAUGGAGAACUGAGAAUAUGGACCAUUGAUCUUGCCGGUCUGGGGCAAGCGGCCUCAUCCGUCGGUGAAGGUGCGGAACAGCGCUAUUUACACGAGAGGGGCACCCUAUAUCGUCAGGGCAAGGACCGGCCACUUGGAAUUGCCUACCACGCAAAGUCUGAUUACAUUGCUGUGCAUGGCUCAGAAAGAGCCGUCGAACUAUGGCGGAUACGGAGUGAAAAGGAAGUUCAAAAAGCGCUGUCGAGAAAACGGAAGAGACUGCGGGAAAAGGCAAAGAGCGAAGCGAAUGGUGAAGUGCCGGAAGCGGAAGAAGACGUAAGCCUGGCAGAUGCAGCGAUAGGAGACAUUAUCGUUCCAUAUGUCACCGUACGGAUAACACCUGGUGGAGGUAAAGUCAGGUCGAUCUCGUGGAUGCAAGGCAGAUCGAAAAAACUACAAUUGUUGGUUGGGACCGACAGUAACCUUCUUGAUGUAUAUGAGAUACCACAGAAGUCAAAAUCUAAGAGCGAAGAGGAGCCCGAAUACAAUCGGACAUUGUCCGUCGAGCUCGGGGGUCACAGACAAGAUAUUCGCGCGUUAGCACUAAGCUCAGAUGAUCGCAUGCUAGCUUCUGCUUCGAGCGGCAAGUCUGCGAAUGGAGGACUCAAGAUCUGGAAUGUUCGAACACAAAACUGUCUUCGUACGCUGGAGUGUGGGAAGGCAUUAUGCGCGGCGUUCCUGCCAGGAGACAAAAUUGUCGUAGUCGGCACCAAGGACGGCGACAUUGAACUCUACGACAUCGCAGCUUCGUCUCUGCUCGACAAAAUUCCCGCACACGAAGGCACAGUCUGGACGUUACAAGUGCACCCCGACGGCAAGUCUCUCAUCACCGGAGGCGCAGACAAGACUGUCAAGUUCUGGGACUUUGAGAUCGUGCAGGAGGAAAUUCCUGGCACAAAGCGCACAAUGCCACGCCUCAAGCUCGUUCAGUCACGCAUCCUGAAGGUGAACGACGACGUCCUCAACGUCCACUUCUCGCCGGACUCGCGCCUCCUCGCUGUCGCCACAAUGGACAACACCGUCAAGGUCUUCUUCGUCGACUCGCUGAAGCUCUUUCUGAACCUCUAUGGCCACAAGCUCCCUGUGCUAAACAUGUCGAUAUCAAGCGACUCCAAACUAAUCGCCACCUCCUCCGCCGACAAGAACAUUCGCAUAUGGGGUCUCGACUUUGGAGACUGCCACAAAGCGCUCUUCGCCCACGAGGACUCCAUCCUUAACGUCGCCUUCAUACCGCACCCCGUACAAGCCGACGAGAAACACAUUCUCUUCAGCGCCUCUAAAGACCGCGUUCUCAAGACCUGGGAUGCCGACAAAUUCGAGCAGAUUCAGAAGCUGCGCGGCCACCAUGGCGAGAUCUGGGCUAUGGCUAUGAGCCGCACGGGCGACUUCGUUGUGACUGCUAGUCACGACAAGAGCAUGCGCAUCUGGACGCGGACCGGCGAGCCCAUUUUCCUCGAAGAAGAGCGCGAGAAGGAACUCGAAGAGCUGUACGAAAACACGCUCGCGACCUCCCUCGAAGACGAAGACCCCUUGCUCAACGGCGCCGAAGCCCCCGAGGUCGGCGCCGCCUCCAAGCAAACAACCUCUACCCUCACCGCCGGCGAACGCAUACAAGAAGCGCUCGACCUCGGCCUCGAAGACCUGCAUCUCGUCCGCGCGUGGACCAAGCAGAAACAAACAAAUCCUUCCCUCGCGCCACCCCAGCGGAACCCGCUCUUCCUCGCACUCAAUAACGUCAGCGCCGAGCGCCACGUCCUCAACACGCUGUCCAAGAUCCCCGCCGCCCAGCUGCACGACGCGCUCCUCGUGCUGCCCUUCUCCUCCCUCCCCGCACUCUUCACCUUCCUCUCCAUCUGGGUGCAGCGACGGUGGAACGUCACACUCACCUGCCGCGUGCUGUUCUUCAUGCUGAAGACGCACCAGCGGCAGAUUGUUGCUUCGAGGGAACUCAAGAGCGUGCUGGAGAGUAUGAGAAACGAUCUGAGGAGGACGCUGGGCGGGGAUAAGGACUUGAUUGGGUUCAAUGUGGCAGCUCUGCGGUUUGUGGGCGAAAGAGUGGACGAAAGGGGUAUCGUGCGACUGGAGGACGUGGAGAAAGCGGAGGAGGGUGGGAGCAAGAAGAAAAGGGCUUUUGUGGAUGUUGCCUGA